AUGCUCCUGGCCUCCUCGGUGCUGCGGGGUCGCCUCCGCCCCCUCCGCCGGCCCCGGCCCCUGAUCAUGCCCUCCCCUCUCUUCCUCUACCGAAACCCUAGCCCCAGCACCAGCAGCAGCGCGAGCCCCCAACUCCCCUCGCCUUCCGCCAUGAGCACCAGCGGCGUCUACGUGCCGCCGAUGCGCCGGCUCCGCUCCGUCAUCGCGUCCACCAACGGGAACCUCGCGCCGCCGCCCGCGGUGCAGCCCGCGUGGACGCCCGAGUGGCGGGCCGACGGGCGCUCCCUCAGCCCGCCGUCGCCGCCUCAGCCGCAGCGCCGCACGGCUGCCCUCCCGCCCCGGCCGCCGCCGCCCCAGACGCAGCCCUUGCGCCAGCAGACCGCUGGGUAUUCUCGGUACGCCUAUGACGACUUCUCCGAGGAGGAUUCGGACCGGGAAAUGGACCGCACGUCAGUUUCUAGCAAGGGGGGUGCAUCUACUUUAGAGAAUGUUGACGAAUGGAAAUGGAAACUGCACAUGCUUCUCCGUAACGACAAUGAACAAGAGAUUAUGUCUAGGGAGAAAAAGGACAGGCGUGAUUUUGAUCAACUUGCCCAACUGGCAGAUCGAAUGGGUUUGCACAGCCGUCAGUAUUCCCGAAUCAUCGUGUUUAGUAAGGUCCCCUUGCCUAAUUAUAGAUCAGACCUUGAUGACAAAAGACCUCAAAGAGAGGUAUCUAUACCUUCUGGCUUGCAAAGAGAAGUUGAUGCAUUGCUUGCAGACUAUCUUGCGCGGAAGAGAACAGACAGUGGGAACUUUCCUAAUGCUGCCUUCUCAAGGUCAAGCAGCACGGACAGUUUCGCGACUGAUGAAAGCUUCUAUGAGCAGCAGGAUAAUCAGACAUCAACCAAUGUUGUGAUGGAAAGAAUCCAAAGAAGGAAAAGCUUACAGUUGCGUAACCAGCAAGCUGCUUGGCAGGAAUCAAAUGAUGGUCAGAGCAUGAUGGAGUUUCGUCGUAGUCUUCCUGCCCAGAAAGAAAGACAAUCACUAUUGGAAGCUAUAUCUCAGAAUCAGGUGGUUGUAGUUUCAGGUGAAACUGGCUGUGGUAAGACAACACAGUUGCCACAAUACAUUUUGGAAUCUGAAAUAGAAGCCGCUCGUGGUGCUACUUGCAGUAUCAUUUGCACUCAACCAAGACGAAUAUCAGCUAUUUCUGUUUCUGAAAGAGUUGCUGCUGAAAGAGGUGAAAAAAUUGGGGAAUCGGUUGGCUACAAAGUUCGGUUGGAAGGAAUGAGAGGAAGGGAUACACGCCUUCUGUUCUGCACUACUGGGGUCCUGUUGCGAAGAUUGCUGGUGGACAGAAGCUUGAAAGGUGUCACCCAUGUUAUUGUGGAUGAAAUUCAUGAACGGGGCAUGAAUGAAGAUUUUCUCCUUAUUGUCCUAAAGGACCUUCUUCCACGCCGACCGGAGCUAAGGCUUGUAUUGAUGAGUGCAACACUCAAUGCUGAGAUGUUCUCUUCAUACUUUGGUGGAGCACCCAUGAUACAUAUACCUGGUUUUACAUACCCUGUCCGGAGUCGUUUCCUAGAAGAUAUUCUUGAAGUUACUGGCCACAGAUUGACUCCGUACAAUCAGAUCGAUGACUAUGGCCAAGAGAAAAGUUGGAAGAUGCAAAAGCAAGCUCUACGGAAGAGAAAGAGCCAAAUUGCUUCUGUUGUGGAAGAUGCAGUUAAAGCUGCGGAUCUAAGGGAUUAUAGUCCGCAAACUCGUGACUCUCUAUCCUGCUGGAAUCCUGAUUCAAUUGGUUUUAACUUGAUAGAAAAUGUCUUGUGCCAUAUUUGUCAAAAGGAAAGAGAUGGUGCUGUGCUUGUAUUUAUGACUGGGUGGGAUGACAUUAAUACGCUAAAAGAUCAGCUACAAUCCAACCCAUUGCUUGGCGACCCUAGUAAAGUUUUGCUGCUUGCAUGUCAUGGUUCAAUGGCUAGCUCAGAGCAGAAACUAAUAUUUGACAAACCUGAGCCUGGUGUAAGGAAAAUAGUUCUUGCCACCAAUUUGGCUGAAACUAGUAUUACUAUCAAUGACGUAGUUUUUGUUGUUGAUUGUGGAAAAGCAAAAGAGACAUCUUAUGAUGCACUGAACAAUACCCCGUGUCUGCUUCCAACCUGGAUCUCCAAGGCUUCUGCUAGACAAAGACGAGGAAGAGCUGGCCGAGUUCAAUCAGGGGAAUGUUUCCAUCUCUACCCACAGUGUGUAUAUAAUGUGUUCGCUGACUACCAGUUGCCCGAACUUCUGAGAACCCCUCUCCAAUCCCUCUGUUUGCAAAUAAAAAGCUUGCGGCUUGGUAGCAUCUCAGAAUUUUUAUCCAGAGCUUUGCAGUCACCUGAGUCUCUAUCGGUACAAAAUGCCAUCGAAUAUCUCAAAGUCAUUGGAGCAUUCGAUCAGAAUGAAGAGUUAACAGUUCUAGGAAAACACCUGUCUAUGCUUCCAGUUGAGCCUAAAUUAGGCAAGAUGCUUAUUUUUGGGGCUAUAUUUAAUUGCCUUGAUCCCAUAUUAACCAUUGUUGCUGGACUUAGUGUAAGAGAUCCAUUCAUGACACCAUUUGACAAGAAGGAUCUUGCAGAGUCUGCUAAGUUGCAGUUCUCAUGCCGUGACUAUAGUGACCACCUUGCGAUUGUUCGUGCUUAUGAUGGAUGGAGAGAUGCUGAAAGAGAUCGCAACGGCUAUGACUACUGCUGGAGAAAUUUUCUGUCAGCGCAAACCUUGAAAGCCCUAGAUUCUCUCCGGAGGCAGUUCCUCUUUCUUUUAAAGGACACUGGCUUGAUUGAUGAAAACAUGACUACGUGCAAUAAAUGGAGUCGCGAUGAAAAUCUUGUUCGGGCAAUCAUUUGUGCGGGUUUAUACCCAGGUGUUUCCUCUGUUGUGAACAAGGAGAAAUCAGUUUCUCUCAAGACAAUGGAGGAUGGGCAGGUUAUGCUUUACUCGAGCUCAGUGAAUGGGAAAGAAGCCAAGAUUCCAUUCCCCUGGCUAGUGUUCAAUGAGAAAGUGAAGGUGAAUUCAGUGUUUCUCCGGGAUUCAACAGCGAUAUCUGAUUCUAUAUUGCUGCUCUUUGGAGGAAACAUACAACAAGGAGGCUUGGACGGACACUUGAAAAUGCUCGGGGGAUAUCUGGAGUUCUUCAUGAGUCGCGAUCUUGCAUCGACUUACUUGAAUCUCAAGGGUGAACUUGAAAAUUUAAUCCACUGCAAGCUUCAAAACCCAAGGAUUGACAUCCAAACCAGCGAGGAGCUGCUGUCAGCCGUACGGCUGCUGGUCACGGAGGACCCAUGCAGCGGCAGGUUUGUCUACGGCCGACAAGAACCAAGGUCAAAGAAAGCAAAGACAAUGAUCUCGUCGGCCUCGGUGGCCUCCAUGGACCGCGGAGGCGGAGGCGGGCACGGAGGGGACAACCCAAAGAACCAGCUGCAGACCCUCCUGACGAGGGCGGGGCACGACAACCCGUCCUACAAGACGAAGCAGAUCAAGAACACCCUCUUCAGGUCGACCGUGGAGUUCAACGGCAUGCAGUUUGUGGGGCAGCCGUGCGCCAACAAGAAGCUAGCGGAGAAGGACGCGGCGGGGGAGGCGAUCAGCUGGCUGACGGGCGGGGAGGCUCCUCCGGUGACGGCCAACGCGAGAGACCGGCAGGACGCCGACCACAUGUCCAUGCUGACGAAGCCGGCUCCACGCAGGAGGCGGCACCACCAUAGGAGGAGCUGA